UGCAUUUCUUCUAAACUGCGGACUGAGUUGUAGAAACCAGCAAGUGUAAAAUAUCAGGCUCCUGUUUUUCUCACAUCCUUGAGAAGGGCGUCAUGGUUCGCGGUGGUUCCCUGUCGUCGGGCAUCACGCGCGUGAAGGACAGCUCGGGCUGAACCAUCCCCCACCGGCGGAGAGUGCGCGAGCACAUCGCUGCGUACAUCGUGAUCCGGUGGAUGCGGAGGGACACGGGCGCGGGGUCACCUUCUGUCACUGCAACGAGAGAACCGCACGGCGCUCGUACGUCAUUCUCGUGCUUGAGGAAGUCCGCUCUUCUUCAGACGUGUUCAGUCUUGCCUCGCAUCACCCGGCACCAUGUCUGGCUCUUACGAUGAAUCCGCUGUCUCUGAUGAGGCCAUGGACAGCUUUUGGGAGGUGGGAAAUUAUAAGCGUGCUGUCAAGAGAACUGACGACGGUCAUCGACUCUGCAAUGAUCUUAUGAGCUGCCUUCAGGAGCGUGCCAAGAUUGAGAAGGCCUACAGCCAGCAGCUCACUGAAUGGUCCAAGAGGUGGAGGCAGCUGAUCGAGAAAGGGCCUCAGUACGGCUCUGUGGAGCGGGCCUGGUUAGCUAUGAUGACAGAGGCCGAUAAGGUGAGUGAACUCCAUCAGGAGGUGAAGAACGGUCUGAUGAACGAGGACAUAGAGAAGGUGAAGAACUGGCAGAAAGACUCGUACCACAGACAGAUGAUUGGUGGCUUCAAGGAAACCAAAGAGGCAGAGGAGGGCUUCAAGAAAGCCCAGAAACCCUGGGCGAAGAAACUCAAAGAGAUGGAGACGGCAAAGAAGACCUAUCACAUGGCAUGUAAAGAGGAGAAACUGGCUGCAGCCCGUGAGGCAGAUGCGUCCGUGACUCCUGACCAGCAGAAGAAACUCCACGAGAAGACAGAGAAAUGCAAACAGGACGUGCAGAAGGCGAAGGAGAAGUACGAGAAGUCUCUGGAUGAGUUGUCGAAGUGCACACCGCAGUACAUGGAGUCCAUGGAGCUGGUGUUUGAUCAGUGCCAGCAGCACGAGGUCAAACGACUCACCUUCCUCAAAGAGGUUCUUCUGGACAUCAAACGACACCUAAACCUCACCGAGAACCAAAACUAUGCGUCAGUGUACCGUGAGUUUGAACGCACCAUUCUGGCUGCCAACACACAAGAGGAUCUCAAGUGGUUCAGUAACAAUCACGGUCCUGGCAUGCAUAUGAACUGGCCCCAGUUUGAGGAAUAUAACCCAGAAGCCACCAAUGCUGUUGCUAAGAGAGAAAAGAAGAAGCCAGAUGGAGUCGCUCCUGCUACUCCGAACACAGAGCAUGCAGGUCAACCAGGAGACCGCGGCAGUGUGAGCAGCUAUGAAAAGAGCCAGGCGUUCUCCACAGAAUGGUCAGAUGACGAGCAGCCCGCGGGGUACUCAGGCAACGAGACGAAUGGCGGUGGAAACUCUUUCGAGGAUGACUCGAGCAACAGAGGAGGAGUGCGGGUGCGAGCGCUCUAUGACUACGAAGGGCAAGAGCAGGAUGAGCUAAGCUUCAAAGCAGGUGAUGAGUUAACAAAGACUGAAGAGGAAGAUGACCAGGGCUGGUGCAGAGGUCGUCUGGACAGUGGCCAGACAGGCUUAUACCCGGCCAAUUAUGUUGAGGAAAUCUGAUCACCUGACGGGAGGACAACACACCUUUGGAGGCAGCUCUGAUUUUCCGAUCGAUCAACAUGGCAAAAAUGCCAAAGACUUAACAUGAACGACUUUCCCUGAAGAUGUGCAAUGCAGUCUUGUUUAAAAUCCAAAAUCUUAGUAAAGAAAACCACUCUGUAUAUAUUGAUCUUAUCUGGGAGGAGAGGAAGAGCCUGCUCACUACUAAUAUCUAUUUGCAAAUAUUUAAAAGUAUAUACUUACAUACAAACAAAUAAAUGACUCACCAGUUAUGCAAGUACAGGCUACACACAUUAUUUGUGCAGAUUACAUGUUAUUUGAAAUUAUAUUACUGACAUUAGCAUAAUAUCCAACUGAACAGAUAUCCAUGUGGCCACUCUGCUGUAUUUUAGUACAAAGUUCAUCAAACGGAGUCAGUGUGCAAUUAUGGGGUACUCGUCCAGUGUCACGUGUUAAACAUAAAAUGACUCACAACGGGCUAUAUGGUUCAUGCCUUGUUGCGCUGAUUAUUAUAUUAGGUAUCGUUCUCUUGAUGUCUGUGUCUUUAUGCGUAGCAGCAUGCGCUAUGGAGCAUGUGGCUGUUGAUUCCUCAGGCCAUCUGUACUGUAUGCAGUUCCCACAGUGACCACAGAGGGCAGCAGACUCAUGCCAGCCUCACACCUGGAAGUGGCGGCAAAUAUCAGGCUAUGUUCGGAACAGAAUACUACAAAAGCAUUAGCAUGGAUACUGCACACUAUUAUUAAAGAUAGUAUGUGAAACAGUGUGCAGUAUGCAACAACAGAAGCAUGCAAUAGACCUUAGUCAGGGUAGUGCCAUAUUAAAUUUUUGACCGGAAUGAAACCGAGGCUGUGAGGGAAUCAAAGUACAGUGUGUUCAAUGGACUGUACUGCUGUUUAACAACAUAUCGAUCCUUCAGCUGAGUAAACAUCUUUACGAAAAACAUUCAGUAGACAAAAACACCAUCAAACUGUUUUGAAAGUUGUGAUUCGGCAAAAUGACAUGAUCUAGAACCUUUAUACAGUGCGUGCCAUUGUAAAGACUGUAAGUCUAUCCCUCACAGCUUCGUUAAAUUCAACAUGGCAUCUAACCUGGCUAAGAUCUAUUAUUGCAUGCAAGUGGCAUCCAGGUAUCAUGACAUAAUACAAGCAGUCUUGAAUUUCAACUGAAUGAUACUGCCGAAAUAUAAUUAUUUAAAGUCGUGAUUUUUAUUCAUCAAGCUGCACAUUGCGUGAUGGGGUCCAUGCUAUGUUGUAAAUAAAAUCAUCCAGGUAUUCCAUGCAUAUAUAAAAUUUGUAUACUGUACCCAGUAUGCAUAUGGUAUGCAAGCAUGAUGUUCUGAACAUAGCCACAAUUGUCAAACUGGUUGAUUGUUGCACAGUGUCAUCUCUUGUUCUCAAAAUCAUGUGUUGUUCUUAGUUAAAGAAGGUCUUGUACAAGCAUUAUCUCUAUUUGGCAUCUGUUCAUGGUCACCUCUUGAUACCAAAUCAAGGUUCUUCGGAUGGACAUGAAUGUUUUCUGUGCUUUAUGUGGGCUACUUAUGCACAGCACAUUAUACAGACAAAACCCAUCAGUGAAUUUCACACCUGUACAUCCACGUGCAUCAAGCUCAAAAGCUACUGUUAUCUAUAUUCACAACUGAUAAAUUGAUUCUGUGUAGUUUCAUGGCCUGUUAACUAACACACUCUGGAUUUGCAUCAAGGCUAGUGUUUAAAGUGCGUAAAAAGUCCUUCUGAAAUACUAACUAAAAUAAACGUGGAAACAUGGUGCCAAACUAUGAUUUGCAGGCAAUAUACUGUACAGUGGGCCAAAAAAGUAUUUGGACACUUAAAGGGAUAGUUCACUCAUUCAUUUACUCUCCCUCAAAGUUAUUCCAAACCUGUUGUUUCUUUCUUCUGUUGAAUGCAAAACAGAGCACAUUUUGAAGGACAUGUGUAACCACACAAUAAUCAGUAGCUACUGAUUCCAUAGACAACAUAGUCAACUGUUCGGUUACACACAUCCUUCAAAUCCUUCAAACAGAAGAAAGAUAAUACUAAAUGUUUGGAGCAACUUGAGGGAGAGUAAAUGAUGACAGUUUUCAUUUUUGAGUGAACUAUCCCUUUAAGACACUCAUUGCACUGCUUUGGAUAAAAAUAUAUAUCAAACUACUUCAUAUAGUUAAAAAAAAGAUAGCACAAGCACACUUUUCAAGCAAAAAUGUCACAAAAAUUUGUUAAAGUUUGUCAGAUAGAUGGUUAAAACCGUGUGCAGGAUUUUAACAUUUUUAAUUUUUUAAGCGUGAUUCAAGUGUCCAAAUACUUUUUGGGACCACUUUAUUUUUAUUCCUCUCACUGCUGAACUCUGUAUAAUGGUAAACUAUGAUUCUGAUAAUGCAAGCCGUGCUCGUCACAUGCCGUUGUUUUUUUUGUUUUUUUUUCUUCUCCAGAUGGCAUCGCUCAGAGCAUUGUGAAUAUGUAGAGUUGUGCAUCCUUCAUGGAGUUUUAGUAUGGGAGUGAAAAAAUGAAUAAUACAUUCAGAGGAAAGAUCCCCAGCAGCUCUGUGAUUUAUCUAAAAAUGUUCAUUCUAGAAAAAGAAAAAAAAGGACUCGGAUUGUUAAUAUAUUCUGUAACAUUGUACACAAGAAGAAGUACGAAGGGUACACACAUGUCGGGGUUGUCGUAUUGGGGAGUAUCCUCUUUAUUAUAUUCAGUGUGUAUGAGUUGUGUUUAUGUAUAGAAAAUAAUAGUGUUAUUGUAAAUGUUGUGUAACAAAAGAUCAACGCUUUGAAAAAAUAACACUGUAAUGCUCUAUAGGUACCAUAUUGUAUUAAUUUGGUUUUGACUGCAAUGAAAUCACUAUGUACCAUACCUGUAUAAAUGCGUGUGGGUCCACGCCGUCAUAUUUGUAUAUGAUGAUGUAAUUUAUUAAGAUUAUAUUCUACCGUAACUGUACAACUGUGCUGAGUAGAAACAAACACCUAAGUUGAGAGAGUAAAGAGCGUGUAAUGUAAAUGCUAUUUUUCAUGUUGAUUUGUACUUUAUGCAAAUGAAGGGAUGAAGGUUUAUGUUGUGAA